AUGCCAGUCCCAAAUAUUAGCCAAGUAGUGCCAGGCGCAGCAGUCUCCAUCGUCCUAAAAGCAGAUCAGCCCACCGGUCGUCAAGUUCAAGGCGUGGUUCAAAACGUGUUGACAUCUGGAAACCAUCCUCGAGGCAUCAAAGUGCGGCUCAGCGAUGGUAGAGUCGGUCGCGUACAAAGAAUGCACACUGGCGACAUACCUCCCCAAGAAGCUUCUACAACACCCAGCUCUGCAUCAAGAAACUCAAGACCACCUAGGGAACGAGAUAAUCGUCGUUCUAAGUUUCAAUCUCGAGAUAUUAGAUUGGAUGAAGAUGGCGAAGCGCCAGCUGAGGAGAUUGAUCUUUUCGCAUACAUGAAGCCGGCGAAGCAGAAGAAAAAGGCAGGCGCGAAGGCUCAGGCUGCACUUGAGGAAGAGGAGCCGAUCAAGGAAGCUGCGACUACUGCUACCUGCCCUGUUUGUGGAAACUUUGAGGGUGAUGAGACGGCAGUUGCACAUCACGUUGAGUCGCAUUUUGCUUGA